AAAAGAAAACAAUCCUUCAUUAGCUGACAUUUCCUUACAAGUUAUAACUUUUCAUCAUGGCUGCUCAAAACCAUGUCCAAAUUACCAUUCCUAAAGAAAAUCAAUCCUCUGAAGAGGAUUUUGACUACUCUCAAAGAGCACAAUGGCUUCGAGCCGCUGUGUUAGGAGCAAAUGAUGGAUUAGUGUCAGUUGCAUCCUUGAUGAUGGGGGUUGGAGCUGUUCAAGAAAACGUUAAAACCAUGAUUAUUACUGGCUUUGCAGGGUUGUUUGCUGGUGCUUGUAGCAUGGCUAUAGGAGAGUUUGUCUCUGUGUACUCUCAACUAGACAUAGAGCGAGCUCAAAUGAAGAGAGAUAAAGCAACAGGAGGACAGAACCGAGAACAUGAAGAAGGUAACAAGGAACAGCUGCCAAAUCCAUUUCAGGCAGCAGGAGCCUCGAGUAUUGCAUUCUCAUUGGGUGCCAUUGUGCCAAUUCUUGCUGCUGCAUUCAUAGCAAAUCAUAAGGUGAGGCUUGCUGUGAUCAUGGCAGUGGUGAGCUUGGCAUUGGUAGCAUUUGGAGUAAUUGGUGCUUUCUUGGGCAGAAGUCCUAUGGUGAAAUCUUGUGCCAGAGUUUUAAUUGGUGGAUGGAUGGCUAUGGCCAUUACAUUUGGCCUUACUAAGCUGAUUGGCUCUACUGGAUUGGAAAUAUGAUUGAAACUUUAUGUACCUGAAUCCUGACCUGUCUCUUGUUCUACUUUAAUCUCAUGUAAUCAAGAAUUUUGUAUUGCAAGUUGACUAAACCUAUUGUGUUAUAAUACC